CUUCCAUCUCCCUCUAUCUCUUAAAAGUGACUUUUCACUCAAAAUUGCUUGUAUAUAUCUGGAAAUCCCUGUUUUUCAUUUUGCCAAUCACGUCACACACAAUAUGGGAAACCAACUUUGCAAAGGAAGUAAAACAAGGUCGAAGAGAAGGCCAAUGGGUUUCAUUCAUAACCAAGCUUCACCCUCUCACAUAGGGAUAAGAACUGUGGGCGUGGAAAAAGCUUGCAGUUUCUCCAUUGAUUCAGAUCUUUGCAUCUCCAUAGUUACUUGGAACAUGAAUGGCCAGGUUACGUUUGAAGAUUUUGCUGAAAUGGUUGGCAGUAACCGCGAGUUCGAUCUUCUAGCUGUUGGCUUGCAAGAGGCUCCUCCAUGUCCACGAAACAAAGUCGCAACUCUGCUUUCAGCAGCUCUUGAUGAAAGUCAUACCCUGAUAGGUAAAGUUAUCAUGCAAUCUUUGCAGUUAUACCUGUUUGGGCUAAAGGAUGCUGGAUCGUUCAUUAACGAAUUGAAGGUAGACAAACAAUCUGUUGGGGGCUGUGGAGGAAUAAUUGGAAGAAAGAAAGGGGCUGUAGCCAUCCGUAUCAACUACAAAGGCAUUCGAAUGGUGUUCAUCUCGUGCCACCUCUCUGCUCAUGCUCGCAACGUGGAAGAAAGAAAUUCACAAUGCAGGCAUAUAUCACACUCCCUCUUUUCAAAGUUCUGGAACCCAUAUUCUAGACCAUCCCAUAUUACAAUUUGGUUAGGAGAUCUAAACUACAGGCUUCAAGGGAUUGAUACAUAUCCUGCUAGAAGUUUGAUAAAGCAAAACCUUCACCGGCGGUUGCAUGGCAAAGACCAACUCUUACAGGAAGCUGGUCGAGGACAAAUUUUCAACGGUUUUUGUGAGGGAACAUUGAAUUUCAAGCCAACUUAUAAGUACAAUAAAGGAAGUAGCAAUUAUGAUACAAGUCAUAAGAUACGAGUGCCUGCAUGGACAGACCGUAUAUUGUUCAGAAUUGAAGACGAAAACAAAAUGGAAGCAACCCUACAUUCGUACGAGUCGAUGGAUGAAAUCUACGGUUCUGAUCAUAAACCAGUUAAGGCACAUCUCUGCUUAAGACUUCGUCAAAUUCCAACUAAUUAAACCAAGUUGUAGUGAACAAAUCUAGCUAGCUAUGUGCGGAAAUUAACAUCUGAUAUAUAAAAGUAUAACAUUAUUUUUUUUUAUCUACAAGAAAUUAAUGUAUUAGUGACAAAGUUUGUUUUUCCUUCACUGAUAUUAACCCUACAAAAAUUUUAUUGACGAGUGUAAAGUGUUUCGUGAUUAAUGUUAUUAUUUAUUUUUUAACCUUAA